AGGCAGCUAAGUGCAGUAUGGGGUAGCAAAACCAGUUUGAACUUGGAGCACAGUGUGUGACAGGGACUCGUUUGGCUUUUCUUAAUGAGGGAUGGCAAUUUGUUAGAGGCUAAAUUGUAAAAUGUUUGUGUUUGUAAUGGUUUUGUGAGUGACUGCUUGUUGCAGGUUGUGAGUUACUCUCUGUUUGAUUGAAUCAGAUCUGGCUUUGUUCAUCUGGUCUUUUCAAUGUGGAUACUAUAAGGAAAAAGUGAUUUUAGAAUUCAACCACAGUACAUAUUGAAUCUUGUUUGUGAAGCAGCCUUUGCUUAGUGCAUGAUUUCUUCUUUAGAUGUAUUCCUUGCUGACAAAGUUAUGUGACUAGGACCAUGCAAACGAUUUCAUUAUGCCCCAAAGUACUGCACAUCACAGAGAAAGUAUUGUGCAUGCUGCAGUAAGUUCAGACAGUGCUUUUUCUAUAUAUUUCUCCUAGGUCCUGCUGGGAAUUUAUUCACAGAAGUUUUCAUGCAGUUUUGUAAGAAGAAUAGUAAUUUUUACAUGUUGCUUUACUGCACUUUUUAUUGUUCAUCACCUAUUAUUGAGGUGUGAAAGUGGUUGGGUGAAUUUUAUGGACAAUUUUACUAUUUACUGAUAUGGAGGAGAGAGUCAAGAAACAUCAGAUAUGGGGCAAAAAGAAAAAAAGUCUAAAUAAUGGUCACUUUGGGAGCUGGAAUUCUUCAAAGUAACUUUCCUAAAAAUGGUAGCUAUUGGCCUGUGAGAAUGACAUCACUCUUCUCUGCCUCCAAGCAAGGCAAAAUAGAGUUUGUUGAGUAAAAUGUAAUUAAGAGCUAUGCUUAUAUAAGAAGAGCCAACCUAUCUAAUUAAUUGUGUGGUAAUGAAGUUAUUGACUUAAUAUCUGUAAAUUAAUGAGCCUUUUCUCCCAGUUAUAUCUCCUGUAGAAGCUAUAACUUGUACCUCCGGAGAAAAGCUGUUGGAUUUCACUACAUCCUCCCUUUUACCAGCCAAAAAGUCACUGUCUGAGGCAGAAUCAUUCUUUGUUUAUCUGGCCACAGAUAAGACUCAAAUCCACCCCAUUACAGCAGGACUUGCUUGCAUGACUUUUUGUCUAAGAGUGCAGUGAAUAAUGCCUUAUUGCUUUCCAAGAGUUCCAGCUUCUAGCUGAGACAAGGAGAAAGGUGCUGUACACCCAGCUGCACUGGCAGUGGGAGGCAACUGAGACGAGUGUCUGUUUGUCCCCAGUCGAGCCAAAAGGAGGUGGACAUUGCCUGUUCCACAGGCAGUCUCUCAGCAGGGCUGCAGCUGCUGUGUGGGACCGGUGUGGUGAGCACCGUCCCUUCCUUCUCCUCCAGGGACACAGCAAUGCCUCCCUCUCUCCAGGACAGGGCUGCACCUCGCACAGCCCUGAGCUAGUGACGGCUGAACAAGACAGGAUUGAGCAUGUGAGGGUGGUGUUAUCCCUAGGAAACAGGCUCUGUCUCACUAGCUAAUAACUGAAAUGUUUCUUUGUGCACCACCAAGUACACAAGAGUGCAGAAAGGGGUUAAAAAUGACUCUGAACAAUGUUACCAUGCGUCGCACCCACAACAGCAGUCUGCACCAGCAGCAGCAGCGAUGGAGCAUCCCUGCCGAUGGAAAGAAUCUGCUGGUCCAGAAAGACUCCAAUGAGUACAACCCACAGAAACGAUACACCAUCAGUCCUGAUGAAUAUUACAGAAGGAGCUGGUCCUCGGAGUCAUCCGACUCCGUCAUCUCCUCCGAGUCUGGCAGCAGCUGCUACCGGGUGGUGCUGAUCGGGGAGCACGGCGUGGGCAAGUCCUCGCUGGCCAACAUCUUUGCAGGGGUGCAUGACAGCAUUGACAGUGACUGUGAGGUGCUGGGAGAAGACACGUAUGAAAGAACUCUGAUGGUGGAUGGGGAAAGUGCGACUGUUGUACUGCUCGACAUGUGGGAUAAUAAGCGUGAGGGAGAAUGGAUUCGAGACCACUGCAUGCAAGUGGGAGAUGCCUACUUGAUUGUCUACUCCAUCACAGACCGAGCAAGCUUUGAGAAGGCCUCUGAACUCAGAAUACAGCUCCGCAGGGCACGCCAGAAAGAAGAUAUCCCCAUUAUUUUGGUUGGCAAUAAAAGUGACCUUGUCAGAUGCCGUGAAGUUUCAGUGGCAGAGGGGCGAGCCUGUGCCGUGGUGUUUGACUGCAAGUUCAUUGAGACCUCAGCAGCCGUGCAGCACAACGUGAAGGAGCUGUUCGAGGGCAUCGUGCGGCAGGUCCGGCUCCGGAGGGACAGCAAGGAAAAGAACGAGAAACGACUGGCACUACAGAAACGGAGAGAGAGCAUCCCCAAGAAAGCCAGGCGGUUUUGGGGCAAAAUAGUUGCCAAGAACAACAAGAACAUGGCCUUCAAACUCAAAUCCAAGUCUUGCCAUGACCUAUCAGUACUUUAAGAACACUGGACUCUGCCAGAGCUUGUGGCAUUUUGUGGACAUUAUCUAACCUUGUCAUAGGACAAUCAAUCAAUCUAUAUUAGAUUGGGCUAUCAGUGACUUAGGUUCACAGUUGUGAUUGUGAUGAUAUGUGCUGGCAUAAGAACAGCACAAUGCAUGGAAAUAUCUCUUCCUUUUUUUUUUUUUUUCCUCCUUUUGGUCAGUAGUUUUAAAAGAAAAUUAUAGACCAGAAUGACCCAAAAUUAUGCUGGGAACUGUUCUGGAAUACACCUGUUCUUUCUCCUCUCACCUUUGGAUAAUAGUGUAAGAACCUCAAAUGCCAUAACUUGGGAAGUGAAUACUACUGUCUUUACUCUUUCUCCUUGUUAUUAAUAUUUCAUUUUUAAAACUGUGUAAAGAAUUGAGGAACUGACUGGAGAUUGGUCCCUUGUCAGUUGGCUGGUCAGGCUUGAGCACCCACAGCUGAAAAAAAAUGCAUUUUUGUAGAAUAAGCACAAAGACACCUGUUUGUAUGUUUGGUAUUUUUUCUUUAUUUCAAGGAUUAGUUUCAGUGAGUUUACACAUCUCUUACUUUGAAAAUAUUUAAAGGAAAAAUCCUGUAGUCAAACAAAUUUUCCUCUCCUGUUUUCAUAUUAUGGAACUAUUUAAAAAUCAUAGUAAAAUUAAAGUGCAAGUUGUAUCAAAGUGCAUCAAGUGCAGGAUGCCAAACCUUUAAAAAUCACCUGAGCUUUUUUAUGCCACCACAUGGACUUCUUGUAUCUAUCCUUGGCCUUUCUCUGUGCCAGAGCUAUGCUGUAUUUAUUGUUGUGCAAAAUAACAAGCAUUUUAAUGUUGAGGGGAAAUGUAUUUAUUACCAAUUUUAUUAAGAUAAUAAUGUUAAUUUUAUUACUGUUUUCUAUCUAAUAUCUUUUUUCAGAUAUGCAAGUUUUUACUUACAUGCCUUGUAAUAAAAUAAAUAAAAUAUA